CGCACACACGCUCCCGCGCGCGCACACACCUCGGACAUUCCCAUAGUGCCUCACGUGACACUCGGCCCCGAACGUGCCCACCCUUCCCACACGCUCACGCACGCGUGCACACACGCGCGCACACACAAACACAGGGCCUCGGGCCACUUCCCAACUCCAGCCCCCGGGCCCUGUCGCAGCCCCGCAGAGGCACUCAUUGACUGUGGCACACCUACACUCAUUCACAGACACACACCCCACACGCGGCAGCCGCAGACACACAUUCAUAAACAGGGCCAGAAGUACACACGCACCCCCUCCCCUCGCCUACUCCUUCGGGAGCCCUGAGUCAUUCCUGCCCCCUCCCAGGGCUCCCCAUUUCCCUGUGUGCAGACACACCGGGCCGGGCUGGCUUUUCUCUGGUGGCCUCCCGCUGAGCCCCAGCCCCUUCCCUUCUGUGCUCCCUCUGACACCGAGCCAAGGACUUCCUGUAGGUCCCAGGUCAGGGGGUGUAGGGGGCCUGGAGGGUUGCCACAGCCCUUUGUGCGCUGGGGAGGCACUUCCUCUUCCUGAACUCUGGGAUCCUGCAGGAGGAAGUUGGGAAGUUGGGCGGGGGCCUCAGAGGAUGUGCUGUGCUGACAGAGUGGGGCUGACCCUCCCAGAAGCUCUGGGCCUUCUUUAGGGAAGAGCUGGGGGGCCAGAGGCCUGAGAUGAGGAGCCUAGCAGAGAGGUAUUGGGGGAAGUAGGGCUUGGGAUGGGGGGUGAGUGGAAAAGUGGCUGAGGAGUGAGCCAAGGCAAGGCCCCUCCGGGCCACCAGUGCUGGGAAGACAGUCCUCUCCUGUCCACAGGUCCUCCUGGGUUCUGGAAGGAGCCUCUCCCGGUUUCGGGCCUGGCUCACUUUUUCCUACUUGUCACCCCCACUCUCCAGUCCUCACCUAGUCUCGGCCCCUUCCCUAAAGGCAGCAGAGAUGAUGGGGUUUAGUAAUCUGAGAGGGGCCUGUGGGAGCCGGGCAGUGAGCUUCCGGGCUGCAUGUGAGGGUGCAGGGAAGGGAGGUGUCAGGAUUGAGCUCCAGGCUGGCCUCCCCACCAUCGCUCCUGCUCUCCCAGGAGGCCCAGGGGGGUCCGUGGCCCAGGCCUUUGCCAUGGAGUCCAUGUUUGAAGAUGACAUCAGCAUCCUGACCCAGGAGGCCCUGGGGCCCAGCGAGGUGUGGCUGGACGCCCCAGAAGAUCCCUCGCUGGGGGGGGACAUGUGCUCUGCCUCCCACUUUGCCCUCAUCACAGCCUAUGGUGACAUUAAGGAGCGGCUGGGGGGCCUGGAGAGGGAGAACGCCACCCUGCGCAGACGCCUCAAAGUCUAUGAGAUCAAGUACCCGUUGAUCAAUGACUUUGGAGAGGAGCAUGGCUUCUCCCUGUAUGAAAUCAAGGAUGGCUCCCUGCUGGAGGUGGAGAAGGUCAGCCUGCAGCAGCGCCUCAACCAGUUCCAGCAUGAGUUGCAGAAGAAUAAGGAGCAAGAAGAGCAGCUCGGGGAGAUGAUCCAGGCUUAUGAGAAACUCUGUGUGGAGAAGAGCGACCUGGAAACAGAGCUGGGGGAGAUGCGGGCCCUGGUGGAGACCCACCUGCGGCAGAUCUGUGGUUUGGAGCAGCAGCUGCAGCAGCAACAAGGCCUCCGGGAUGCAGCCUUCCCCAGCCUGAGCCCCCCACCUGCCCCUGCCACACCCUGUACUGAUCUGGACCUGCACUACUUGGCAAUGAGAGGGGGAUCUGGCCUGAGUCACGCGGGCUGGCCAGGCCCCACACCGAGUGUGAGUGAGCUGGAGCGCAGGCGGCUGGAGGAGGCUCUGGAGGCUGCCCAGGGAGAGGCCCGGGGGGCCCAACUUCGGGAGGAACAGCUCCAGGCUGAGUGCGAGCGGCUGCAGGGUGAGCUGAAACAGCUACAGGAGACGCGGGCCCAGGAUCUGGCCUCCAAUCAGUCGGAGAGGGACAUGGCAUGGGUGAAAAGAGUUGGGGAUGAUCAGGUGAAUUUGGCGCUGGCUUACACGGAGCUGACCGAGGAGCUGGGGCGCCUUCGCGAGCUGAGUUCCCUGCAGGGGCGGAUCUUGAGGACUCUGCUGCAGGAGCAGGCCCUGGGCGGCGGCCAGAGGCACUCACCGCUGCCGCAGCGCCCCUCCCCGGCCCCCCAGUGCCCCUCCCCGUCCCCGCCGGCCCGAGCGGCGCCCCCGUGCCAGUCCCCGGCCCCCCAGCGCCGCUCUCCCGGCCCCCCGUGCCCUUCGCCCCAGCAGCGCCGCUCGCCGGCCUCGCCCUCCUGCGCGUCCCCCGUCCCGCAGCGCCGCUCGCCGGGGCCGCCGCCGUGCCCGUCCCCCAGCCCGCAGCGCCGCUGCUCCCCGGGGCCGCCCGCCUGCCCGGCCCCGCAGCCCCGGCCGCCCCCGGCCCUGCCGCCCGGGGAGAGGCCGCUGGCCGAGCGCGCCUACGCCAAGCCGCCCAGCCAGCACGCGAAGGCCGGCUUCCAGGGCCGCCGCAGCUACUCCGAGAUGGCCGAGGGCGCGGGCUACGCGGGCGCCUCCCCGGCCUGGCUGCAGGCCGAGGCCGCCACGCUCCCCAAGCCGCGGGCCUACGGCGGGGAGCUCUACGGGCCUGGCCGGCCCCUCAGCCCGCGGCGUGCCUUCGAGGGCCUCCGGCUGCGCUUCGAGAAGCAGCCGUCGGAGGACGAGGAGUGGGCCGUGCCCGCCAGCCCGCCCAGCCCCGAGGCGGGCACCAUCCGCUGCGCCUCCUUCUGCGCCGGCUUCCCCAUCCCCGAGUCGCCCUCCGCCUCCGCCUACGCCCACGCGGAGCACGCGCAGUCCUGGCCGUCCAUCAACCUGCUGAUGGAGACAGUGGGCUCUGACAUCCGCAGCUGCCCCCUCUGCCAGCUGGGUUUCCCUGUUGGGUACCCAGAUGAUGCCCUCAUCAAACACAUUGACUCCCACCUGGAGAACAGCAAGAUCUAGGGUGCCUCCCCCACCCACUGGCUGUUUCUUCAUCCUCUCCCAUCACCCCCAUUCAUUCACUUUGAAUGCUGCAUGAAUCUCGUGGGGGGCCCGCCCCUUGCGACCCCCAGAUACCUCCACUAGCUACCAAGUCAGCGUUUGUGCCGUCUUCCCUGGCCCAGGUACCACUCAGCCCUGGCUCUUCCCGGGAGGUCAGCUGAGGCUCUCGCCAGCUCCCUGGCUUCUGCUGGGGAGGCGGAGAUCUGGGCUGUGGUGGGAAGGGGCAUGCCCACCUGGCCUCCCCUCUGCCUUUCUGUUCUCACACAGGGUGGGCCCCAGGUUUAGUGCUUGAACCUGAGGGAGGGGGAGGGUAACUGUGGACUCCAGGAGCUCCCAGCCUCUCCCCAGAUGUCCAUCUUUCUCAGGCUGUGCUCUGUCCGGGGAGCGCCUCCCUGUGGGUCCCAGAGCCUGCCCUGCACACUGAUGCCAGUUCUUCCAUCCAUGACCAGCUCGGGCCUUGUGGCGUAGGUCUCCCCACUGGGGGAAGGAGGCAUCUUGUUUCUUGUCGUUCCCUGCAGGCCGACCUUCUUCUCUUCUGCCUAUCCUGGGGAGUAGGGUGGGUGGGAGAGGAGAGGAGGACCUUGGAGGGCUGGGAAGAUUCAGCCUAAGGAGGCUGCCCUGAGGGCCUGGUGCCAUGACCCUCAGGUCAGGGGACUCUCCGUGCCAACCUUCCAGGCCCCCGGCCCUCCUCCUGGAGCCCUUGGCACGAGUCUCAGCUUGUUAAGGCAGAUCCUCCCCUCCGCCCUUACCCCACACGAGCCCUGACACCGCGGGCGCCCCGCAGCCUGUGUGCGACUCAGCCUCUCUUAGUGGGUGGGUGUCAUCAGCCCUGCCUCCCAAGCCAGAACCUGAGACGGGCCCAGGGUGCUGUGGAGAUCAACUUCAAAAGAGCUAACCCCCUCCCUACACCCCCAGCGACCCACAUUCCCUCUGUGAAAUCUACCUCAGAGUCAUACCCUCAGAAGGACGGGUAAGCAGGAGGCCAGGGGGUCCCUAGGGCUGAGGUGGGGAGCUUCCUGCGGCAAGAGCCUGCCGCCCCACGAUGAAUCCAACCCUCUCCACUGCCAGCCUCUCCCGGGUCUCAGCCCCAGGCGGCUGGCAGUGGAUGCUACUGUCAGUGCAUGUACCAUUCUGAUCCAACUCUUCCAGGCCCCCCACUUCUCACAUCCCUCUCCUCCUCCUCAGUGCAGGGGAGAGGAGGGGUGUGUCAGGCGGGGAAGGGGCCAAGGACUCCAGAGACACAUGGCAUUGUACCUUGAGUGUUCCCCCUGGAAAGGGAAAUGAGGAAGGGGGGAACUAGAGAGGGGAGGUGGGGGCCCCUGAGCUCUCUGAACAAGUUGAAAGUCCAAAUAAAACGUACCUGUUCCAUCUGCACUCA